AUGGCCGCCCGCGCACCAGGCAAGUGGGACGCGGCAGCUGCAAUCCCAAUGACUUGGACGGAGGGCGACGUUUGGACCGCCGAGGCAGAGCUGGCCGUGGGCAGCACCGCCGUUGAGUACAAGUACAUUAUCCGCGCCCCCGCCAGCGGCGAGGUCGUCGUGUGGCAGCCCUGCGAGAACCUCUCUAUUGACCUGACCACCGUGCCCGCCGGCCCUGUUGUUGUCAAGGACGGCUGGGAGGGUACGCACGAGCUGCUGCGGCCGGCAGUUGCAACACCGGCACAGGUCGCCGCGCCCAGCGCGGAGGCAGGGGCGGAACCCAUCGCGGCAGUGGAGGCCGCGCCCGCUGCUGAGGUCAAGGACUCGCCCACAGCAACCAUUGCGGAGCAGGAAGUCAAAGCGGCCGUGGCGUUGGCGGCAGCCGCGGAGGUGCUGGCUGUGGCUGCAGCAUCGAUGGAUGAGGAUGUUAUAAUGGCCGCGGCCAAGGCGGCGGCUGCGGCCUCCUCCACCUCGUCUGCAGCGGCUGGCUCUGCUCAAGCCGAGGCGUUGAGGAGCAAGUCCGAGGGCUCCUCGCCGCGCUCCUCCACGUCAUCCAAGGGCCCAAAGUCCGCCAAGGGCGAGCGUGCAUGA